AUGUUUUUGUCAUUAAAAAAGUUAUCGCAUGAAUCGCCAAAAAUCCAGGCUCCGAAGGAUGCUGGAGUAGUUUUCUCAAACCAUGUUCUUCCAAUUCGAUUCACGCUUAAUUUCAAGCCUUGGUUCUUCCUCUGCCUAGUUGGAUUCACUGGUAGUCUUUGCGGUAAUUUUUUCUACAAAAAGUUCCUCCUAAGACCAAAUCCACCAAAUCCGAAAAGGGAUCCGAACGAGAGACCACCAGAGCGACAUCCACAUGCUCCAGAAGAAGAAUAA